CUUGUUCUCUGUUUGUCUUGUCUGGUUUGGUUGAUCAAUCAUUCACCUUCCCAACUUACUUAAGCAAUAGCAACCUUUCUUCUUACUACUCUCCUUUAUUUCUGCUAACUUCCUUCAUUCACCAAAUCCACUAACAACUAUCCUAAUAAUACCAUAAUCCCAAUCCCAUUAUCUGUUUCUUUUCGAAUCUCGCUUCUAAUUUUGCUGCUUCUCUGUUCCUCUGUUUUUGGUGCCCCCCCUCUAAUAAUGACUCAACUCUUCAGAUCCAAGUCUUGUAAACUUGGAGGGGUGAUGGCGUUGAACUCCUCUCCCCCGAGUCCUUCUCUAUACCUCACUAGCGGCGAAGACGAAGAAGAUGAAGAGGAAGAGGAAGAAGAGGAGCAGUUCGAAGAUGAAGAAGAAGAAGAAAGUGAUGGGUGUUAUACGGGACCGAUAUCCACUCCAUUGAUCGUCACGACGGGAGGGGGAGAGCGGAAUAGUAGCAAAGAUCAGAAUCACCAGUUCCCAGUUCUGGCCAUUUUGGUUGCGGCGCUGAGGAAGUCCUUGGCCACCUGUAGUGUGGAGAGGGAGGAUAUUAGUUCCAUGGAUAUCGGCUGGCCGGUUGAUGUCCGCCAUGUCUCCCACGUUACUUUUGAUCGAUUCAAUGGUUUUCUUGGUUUGCCCGCUGAGUUCGAGUCCGAUGUUCCAAGGAGAGUCCCCAGUGCCAGUGCAAGUGUAUUUGGAGUCUCUGCCGAGUCUAUGCAAUGCUCUUAUGAUCACAGGGGAAACAGUGUACCGACAAUUCUUCUCAUGAUGCAAAGGCGCUUGUAUUUGGAAGGAGGCCUUGAAAUGGAAGGAAUAUUCCGAAUCACUGCUGAGAAUAGCCAAGAGGAGUAUGUCCGCGACCAGCUAAACAAGGGUGUAGUACCACAUGGAAUUGAUGUGCAUUGUUUGGCAGGUUUGAUAAAGGCAUGGUUUAGAGAACUCCCUACAGGGGUACUCGACUGUCUUUCGCCAGAUCAGGUAAUGCACUGCAACACUGAAGAGGAUUACACCCAACUUGUAAAAUUUCUGCCACCCAUGGAAGCUGCUUUGCUCGACUGGGCCAUCAAUCUCAUGUCAGAUGUUGUGCAACAUGAACAUCAGAACAAGAUGAAUGCUCGCAACAUUGCUCUGGUUUUUGCACCUAACAUGACACAGAUGGCAGAUCCAUUAACUGCACUGAUCCAUGCAGUUCAAGUAAUGAACUUUCUCAAGACACUGAUCUUGAAAGCCCUCCGUGAGAGAGUAGAAUCAGCUGCUGAGGCUAGAUUAUCAUCUUUUUGCUGUCCGGACGAGAAGGAUGAACCCCCUUCACCAAAGUUGAGCAGGGAAACUGAUGGCAGAUCCUUGAAGGCAACAGUUGGUGUUUGUAGUAGUGAUGGAAAUGUUAUCUCGCAUAACAUUCUCAGAAGCCCUACCGAUGGUGAAUCUGAUGUUGAACAUGAGUCUGCUUCCUGGAAUGACACGUGUGAAUUAUGACAUCGGGGCUGUAGGUAAUGAUUGUAGUAGAGUGGUUACAGUAGUGAGGAUGUUGAAGGGUUCUGCUUGGAUUGGCUGAGCUUGAGAAAAUGAGUGAAGAAGCUCUGCAGGCUCCCGGUCUUUCAAUUGAGUAAGCCAAUAAAAAAGCUUGAAAAUCUUGACGUUGUAAAUAGUAGGGGACGGGGAGUACGGGGGUGGUGAGGCUUGGGCAUUAAAUGGUUGCUGGAGUCUGGGCAUGUAAUUGUAAGUGUGUAUAUUGAGGCCUUAAUGUUUGUGGAAUAUUAGUAGUUAAUUGUUGUCUUUAAAAUCGGAAAAUUUAGGUUGCUUUGGUUGUUGAAA